AAAGAGCCGGAGUGGCCGGCCGCUCCAGGCGCCUCGGAGGUCUGCCUCUAUGCCCUCGUGCCUUCAGUCCUGGAAAAGGAGGGUAAAGGUCGCUCAGAGUGGCCACACCGCGAGGAGGAGGAGGAGGCGAGAGCCCGGCCUCUGCAGCAGCCGCAGCCAUGGCGGAGAAAGCUAAGCCCUCCCAGGCGCCCGUCAGCCCCGUGAAGAACUUCUUCGCCGGGGGCUUCGGGGGUGUCUGCUUGGUCUUCGUGGGGCACCCGCUGGACACCAUCAAGGUUAGGCUACAAACUCAACCGGCAGCUUUGCCAGGACAGCCUCCCCUCUACUCUGGAACCUUCGAUUGUUUUAAGAAGACUCUUGUGAAAGAGGGAGUCCGUGGCUUGUACAAGGGGAUGGCAGCUCCCAUUGUUGGAGUGACCCCCAUGUUUGCUGUCUGUUUCUUUGGAUUUGGCUUGGGCAAGAAACUCCAGCAGAAGACCCCAGAUGACAUCUUGACAUAUCCCCAGCUCUUUGCAGCAGGCAUGUUAUCUGGAGUAUUCACCACUGCAAUCAUGGCUCCAGGAGAAAGGAUCAAGUGCCUUCUUCAGAUCCAAGCAGCCUCAGGUGAAAUUAAAUAUGGGGGUCCAGUGGACUGUGCCAAGCAGAUCUAUCGUGAGGCUGGCAUUCGAGGUGUUUACAAAGGGACGGUCCUCACCCUCAUGAGAGAUGUUCCAGCCAGUGGGAUGUACUUCAUGACCUAUGAAUGGCUGAAAAGUGUUUUAACUCCUGAAGGGCAGAGUGUCAGCGACCUCAGUGUCCCCAGGAUUCUCUUUGCUGGUGGCAUGGCAGGAAUAUUCAACUGGGCUGUAGGCAUUCCUCCAGAUGUGUUGAAAUCUCGCUUCCAGACAGCUCCUCCAGGAAAGUAUCCCAAUGGCUUCAGAGAUGUUUUGCGAGAGCUGAUCCGAGAGGAGGGAGUGAUGUCUCUGUACAAGGGGUUCACUGCUGUGAUGAUCAGAGCCUUUCCUGCCAAUGCAGCCUGUUUCCUUGGUUUCGAAUUCGCCAUGAAAUUCUUGAAUUGGCUUGCACCAAGUCACUGAGGACCAGCAGGAUGUGUUCCUGUGGAAACCCAUCAACAAGAGGGGAAGUGGAACUGCAUCAAGAGGAGGAAGACUGAAUUAAUGGAUUGCUAGAAGCUAAAACAAUGACUACUUUUCUAAUAACCUUUUCUGCCUUACUCGCACCCCUUUGGGUGUUGCCAUUAGGAAUCUUGAGCCAAAUCUCUUCCCAGCGGAGAGUUCAAGAGGCGUUCAGAAGAGACACCUGCUUUCUGAGCCCAAAGUUACCAUAAUGGUAAUGCUGCUAACAGGAAACCUUAUUGCUCUUAGCCGGCAAGAUGUUUUUGUUCUUGUUCCUGCUCAUUUAUCUCAUCAGGGAAUAAAGGAGAUAAUGUUUUAAUUUCCCCUUCCGACUUUAGUGAGAAAGUACAUUGUCUGUAAAUUGACCUGCAUGAGUUUGGGUGCGAGUAGAGACUAGUCACUGUGCAUGUAAUGUUCAGGAUAACAAUUCACAUUUAAUGGCACAAGGUUGAUCUAAGAUUAUUCUUUUGCUUUGAUUUAAAAACAUUGGACACAAUCCGCCACAAGUUUCUGUGUAGGCUCCGUUGGAAUUACUGGAUCUUGUUCAAGGAUGUUUAUGCUCAAAUGCAAGUUUUUGUUUUAUUUCAGUGGCACUUACCUGGGACAUUAUUAUAUCAAGUACUGACUUAGAAGGAUUUUCAUACAUUGCUUUAAGCCAUAUGGCCCACAGUCAGUAAAAUAAAUACAGGGAGCUUCAUACUCCCCAGAAGAUUUAGACUACAAUUCUCACUGUCCCUUACCUACCCACACAAUGGAUAGGAUCAAUGGGAAAUGUAGGUCGAAACACCUGCAGAAGGAAAGGCUUCCUACUGCUACAAUUGCAUGUCAGUGUUGCCUUGAACAAGUUCAGCUAAACCAAAAGAAGAUAGAACAAUAUUAAAAUUCAGAAUGUCUUAUAGAUAUUGAGUGCAGGUACUUAAAUAAGAAAUUACUGAAGCCCUCAGUUGUAUUGCUGUGUUGUGAAAACCUCUUACAGAUGAAAUGCAAAGAUGUGGGAGUAAUUCCAGGUUUUCUUUGCAGAUUGUAACAUGUUGUCUGGAAUAGGCCAUCCAUAUAGAAAUAUCCCUAUAAGAGUCCACUAAACUCUUCCUGAUGGUGCUUUUAAGGUAAAUGGAAAUGCCUUAGGCAGUAGUUUCACAAGUGCCAUGUAACUCUAUGGCUAUAUUUAAUAGUAUUUGAUUCCAAAAGGUACCAAAUCCCCCAAAAAUUGAAAAAUGAGCACAUAGUUGACUAGGAGUAGAAUAUUAUGUACAGAUCAAAACUAUCAAAAUGUAUGAAAUCACACCGGUAUAAAGCUUAGGUAAUUACAUUUUUUAGUAAAAUAAUGCAUAACCUCAGCACAUUUUUUAUUCCUGUGAAAAUUGUUCAGAUGGAUUUGGAAACAAAGUCCACAUCUGGAGUGCCAAAGUAUGAAUAUUGGUACAAGUGAGAUUAGUGUAAUUUUGAUUGUCAUUAUUCUUUUAAUUUGAAAAACAACACCUUAGUGCCUCUGACAGCUUAUUCUACCAUUUCUUUCUCUCACUCUCAAAGGUGCUACAAGAUUGUGUUGUCGAAGGCUUUCAUGGGGUUGCUGGGUUGCUUUGAGUAUUCUGGGCUGUAUGGCUAUAUUUCAGAGGCAUUCUCUCCUGAUGUUUCGCAUCUAUGGCAGGCAUCCUCAGAGGUUGUGAGGUCUUUUGGAAACUGGGUAAGUGAAGUUUAUAUGUCUGUGGAAGGUCCAGGGUGGGAGAAAGAACUCUUUGUCUGUUUGAGGAAAGUGUGAAUGUUUCAAUUAACCUUGCAGCAUCACAGCCUGGUUGAUUCUUGCCUGGAGGAAUCCUUUGUUGGGAGGUGUUAGCUGCCCCUGAUUAUUUCAUGUCUGGAAUUCCCAUUUUCAGACUGUUGUUCUUUAUUUAAUGUCCGAUUUUGUAGUUUUUUAAUACUGAUUGCCAGAUUUUGUUCAUUUUCAGGGUUUUCUCCUUUCUGUGAAAUUUCAGUGGCUUCUCUGUGUAGUCUGACAUAGUGGUUGUUAGAGUGGUUCAGCAUUCCUGUGUUCUCAGAUAAUAUGCAGUGUCCAGGUUGGUUCAUCAAGUGCUCUGCUAUGGCCAUAUGGACAAUUUCAACAGAAAGGAGGUAACCAUGAAAAUAAACCAGAUCUGGCUACCAGUAUUAAAAAACUCUAAAAUCAGAACAGUAAAUAAAGAACAACAUUCUGGAAACAGGGGAAUUCCAGACAUGAAACUAUCCGUGCUAGCUAACACCUCCCAACAAAAAAUUCACCCAGGCAGGAAUCUGCCAGGCUGUGAAGCUGCAAGGCUUUUCAAUGCUAAUCAAGGUGAUUAAUUGAAACAUGCACACUUGCCUCCAACAGACAAAGAGUUCUUCCUCCACCCUGGGCCUUCCAUAAAUAUUUAAACCCUACUUGAUUAAUUACCAACAGACCUCAGCAACCUGUGAGGAUGCCUGCCAUAGAUGUGGGUGAAACAUCAGGAGAGAAUGCUUCUGGAACAUGGCCAGACUGCCCAGAAAACUCACAGCAACCCAGUACUACAAGAUUCCUUUGCACACUUGUUCACACUUGACAGGGGUAAUUAAUUUCUAAUUCUGUACUCACUGCAGCCUUGCCUUGAGAGAUUUUUAUUACAUAUACUUGUACCACUGAAACACAUCCUUUGGGUGGAUAACAGAUGCAUAAUUGUCACUUUGUAAAAUGUUUCACACUCUAGAAGUUGGAAAACACCAUGGCAAAAUUGUCUUUGCACCUGCCCUUUGUAAGAUGUUGAGUUAUAUCCAAAUCAUUCAACUGCAGCAGGUCCAGGAGCAAAUAAACUGCCUCUGGUUCGGCCAGAAUUGUCAAUGAAUUAAACAAAAGAAACAAAACUGGAAGUGGCCAGAAAUCCACUCCUUGUUUUGGGCGGGAAAACAUGGAUAUGUUAAAAUGUUAAACAACACAGGGGUCCUGCUACUUGUUUGCUGUUUCUGGAGCCUGACGGGGUCAAAGUCUGCAAAAACAGUUGGGUUCAUACACAGCCCCAGGGCUGCACAUUGCUUACCUUUGCUCUGUGGCAUUUCAACCAAAUAUUCUUUUUCCUACAAUUCUUUCCCCCAAAUGCCUCACCGAGAUGAAAUGUCACUGUUGUUCAGCACUCAGUAAACUUUGCUGAUUCUCAACUGGAA